UGCGGGGGGGGGGGAGUGUUUCAAAACUGCUUGUUGGAGGGUCGAGACACCAUUUAAUCUUUGCCGCAACUGCUUCCCUUCCUAUCCUCGUGCAUCUCUAAAUUCCUCUUCCUGCCCGGCCUCCCCCGCCCCCCUCCCCUUUCCCAACCCUGCCUAUUGCCUGCCUUAUUGCUCUCGUUCUCCCCCACGCUGACCGGUCUGUGCUGAUGCGCUUGCAAGGUCACUGCCUGGGUAGGAGGGGAGAGAGCCUCCUGUUGUGCUCACGUCAGCAAAGAUGUCAUAUCGCUCUCCGGUUCCUGUGGUUUUACUAUGACAUUCUGCCCCAAACGAGGGACGAAUCCAACGGGUUGGUUAACGUUACCAUUUGUAGGCUGAAAAGACAUAGAGAACGUAAAGAUCUGUGGAUUCCAAAUCUGCCUCUGGAGCUGAUGGUGAUGGAGGACUUCCGCAGAUAGAUAAUGUCAGAAAUCCUCCUGGGAACAUUGACUCCUUGUGCGGUGCCUUGAAGUUUCUCUGAGAUGAACUGAUGAGUUGGAAUCAUGGUGCAAAAGAAGAAGUUCUGUCCUCGGUUACUUGACUAUCUAGUGAUCGUAGGGGCCAGGCACCCGAGCAGUGAUAGUGUGGCCCAGACUCCCGAAUUGCUACGGCGAUACCCGCUGGAGGACCACGCUGAGUUUCCCCUGCCCCCAGACGUUGUGUUUUUCUGCCAACCAGAGGGCUGUCUGAGUGUGAGGCAGCGACGCAUGAGCCUGCGGGAUGACACUUCUUUCGUCUUCACCCUCACUGACAAGGACACUGGAGUCACGCGUUACGGCAUCUGUGUUAACUUCUACCGCUCCUUCCAGAAGCGAAUGCCUAAGGAGAAGGGGGAAGGUGGGGGAGGGUCCCGUGGGAAGGAAGGACCCCGUGCCACUUGUGCCUCAGAAGAAGUUGGUACUGAGAGCUCGGAGAGUGGCUUGUCCCUGCAGCCUCCCAAUGCUGACUCUGCCCCUGAGGUGAAUCAGUCUCCUCGGGGCAAACCCCGGGCCAAGGCAGGAAGCCGUUCCCGCAACAGUACUCUGACAUCCUUGUGUGUGCUCAGCCACUACCCCUUCUUCUCCACCUUCCGAGAAUGUCUGUACACCCUCAAACGUCUGGUGGACUGCUGCAGUGAGCGGCUGCUGGGCAAGAAACUAGGCAUCCCUCGAGGCAUACAAAGGGACACUAUGUGGCGCAUCUUUACUGGAUCGUUGCUAGUGGAGGAGAAGUCAAGUGCCCUUCUGCAUGACCUUCGAGAGAUUGAGGCCUGGAUCUAUCGAUUGCUGCGCUCCCCAGUGCCUGUUUCUGGGCAGAAGCGAGUAGACAUUGAAGUCCUACCCCAGGAGCUCCAACAAGCUCUGACCUUUGCUCUUCCAGACCCUUCUCGAUUCACCCUAGUGGAUUUCCCACUGCACCUUCCCUUGGAACUUCUGGGUGUGGAUGCCUGUCUUCAGGUGCUAACCUGCAUCCUGUUAGAGCACAAGGUGGUGCUACAGUCCCGAGACUACAAUGCCCUUUCCAUGUCUGUGAUGGCGUUUGUGGCGAUGAUCUACCCAUUGGAGUAUAUGUUUCCUGUAAUUCCACUGUUGCCCACCUGCAUGGCAUCGGCAGAACAGCUACUGUUGGCUCCAACUCCGUACAUCAUUGGGGUCCCUGCCAGCUUCUUCCUCUACAAACUGGACUUCAAAAUGCCUGAUGAUGUAUGGCUGGUGGAUCUGGACAGCAAUAGGGUGAUUGCCCCCACCAAUGCAGAAGUGCUACCAAUCCUGCCAGAACCGGAAUCAUUGGAGCUGAAAAAGCAUCUGAAGCAGUACCUGAAGGCCCUUGCCAGCAUGAGUCUCAACACUCAGCCCAUCCUCAAUCUGGAGAAAUUCCAUGAAGGCCAAGAGAUCCCCCUUCUCUUGGGAAGGCCCUCUAACGACUUGCAGUCCACACCUUCCACUGAAUUCAACCCACUCAUUUAUGGCAAUGAUGUAGAUUCUGUGGAUGUCGCAACCAGAGUGGCCAUGGUCCGCUUCUUCAACUCCCCCAACGUGCUGCAGGGUUUUCAGAUGCACACACGUACCCUGCGCCUCUUCCCUCGGCCUGUGGUAGCUUUUCAAGCUGGCUCCUUUCUAGCCUCACGUCCCCGACAGACUCCUUUUGCUGAGAAGCUGGCCAGGACUCAGGCUGUGGAGUACUUUGGCGAAUGGGUCCUUAACCCCACCAACUAUGCCUUCCAGCGAAUUCACAACAAUAUGUUUGAUCCAGCCCUGAUUGGUGACAAGCCAAAGUGGUAUGCUCAUCAGCUGCAGCCUAUCCAUUAUCGAGUCUAUGAUAGCAAUUCCCAGCUGGCGGAGGCACUGAGUGUGCCACCAGAGCGUGACUCUGACUCGGACCCUACUGAUGACAGUGGCAGUGAUAGCAUGGAUUAUGAUGACUCAAGCUCUUCUUACUCCUCCCUUGGUGACUUUGUCAGUGAAAUGAUGAAAUGUGACAUCAAUGGUGAUACCCCUAAUGUGGAUCCAUUGACGCAUGCAGCCCUGGGGGAUGCCAGUGAGGUGGAGAUUGCUGAGCUGCAGAACCAGAAGGAAUCAGAGGAACCUGGCCCAGACAGCGAGAACCCUCAGGAAAACCCCCCGCUGCGCUCCAGCUCCAGCACCACCGCCAGCAGUAGUCCCAGCACCGUCGUCCAUGGAGCUAAUUCUGAACCUGCUGACUCAACGGAGGUGGACGACAAGGCAGCAGUAGGCGUUUCCAAGCCCCUCCCUACCACGCCUCCCAGCAUUGGCAAAUCGACCGCGGACAGGCAUCAGACAGAAAUUGGAGAGGGGUCAGUGCGCCGGCGAACCUAUGACAAUCCAUACUUCGAGCCCCAAUAUGGCUUUCCCCCUGAGGAAGAUGAUGAUGAGCAGGGGGAAAGUUACACUCCCCGAUUCAGCCAACAUGUCAAUGGCAAUCGGGCUCAAAAGCUGCUGCGGCCCAACAGCUUGAAACUGGCAAGCGACUCAGACGCAGAAUCAGACUCUCGAGCGAGCUCUCCCACCUCCACCGUCUCCAACAACAGCACCGAGGGCUUCGGGGGCAUCAUGUCUUUUGCCAGCAGCCUGUAUCGGAACCACAGUACAAGCUUCAGCCUUUCAAACCUCACGCUGCCCACCAAAGGUGCCCGAGAGAAGACCACACCCUUCCCCAGUCUGAAAGUAUUUGGGCUAAAUACUCUAAUGGAGAUUGUUACUGAAGCCGGCCCCGGGAGUGGUGAAGGAAACAGGAGGGCCUUAGUGGACCAGAAGUCAUCUGUUAUUAAACACAGCCCAACAGUGAAAAGAGAGCCUCCAUCACCUCAGGGUCGAUCCAGCAAUUCUAGUGAGAACCAGCAGUUCCUGAAGGAGGUGGUGCACAGUGUGCUGGACGGCCAGGGCGUUGGCUGGCUCAACAUGAAAAAGGUGCGCCGGCUGCUGGAGAGUGAGCAGCUGCGCGUCUUUGUCCUGAGCAAGCUGAACCGCACAGUGCAGUCGGAGGACGACGCCCGGCAAGACGUCAUCCCUGAUGUGGAGGUCAGUCGAAAGGUGUACAAGGGGAUGCUAGACCUGCUCAAGUGCACGGUGCUCAGCCUGGAGCAGUCCUAUGCCCACGCGGGCCUGGGAGGCAUGGCCAGCACCUUUGGGCUUCUGGAGAUUGCCCAGACCCACUACUACAGUAAAGAACCAGACAAGCGGAAGAGAAGUCCAACAGAGAGCAUAAAUACACCAGUUGGCAAGGAUCCUGGCCUGGCUGGGCGGGGGGACCCAAAGGCUAUGGCACAGCUGAGAGUUCCCCAGCUAGGACCUCGGGCACCAAGUGCUGCAGGAAAGGGUCCUAAAGAGCUAGACACCAGAAGUUUAAAGGAAGAGAAUUUUGUAGCGUCUAUUGAAUUGUGGAACAAGCACCAGGAAGUGAAAAAGCAAAAAGCUUUGGAAAAACAGAGGCCUGAAGUAAUCAAACCCGUCUUUGACCUUGGUGAGACAGAAGAGAAAAAGUCCCAGAUCAGCGCGGACAGUGGCGUGAGCCUGACAUCUGGUUCCCAGAGGACUGAUCCAGACUCUGUCAUUGGUGUGAGUCCAGCUGUUAUGAUCCGAAGCUCAAGUCAGGACUCUGAAGUUAGCACCGUGGUGAGUAAUAGUUCUGGAGAGACCCUUGGAGCAGACAGUGACCUGAGCAGCAACGCAGGUGAUGGAGCAGGUGGUGAGGGCAGCGCCCACUUGGCCAGCUCUCGGGGCACUUUGUCUGAUAGUGAAAUUGAGACCAACUCCGCUACCAGCACCAUCUUUGGGAAAGCCCACAGCUUGAAGCCAAGUGUAAAGGAGAAGCUGGUGGGCAGCCCAGUUCGCUCUUCUGAAGAUGUAAGCCAGCGAGUCUAUCUCUACGAGGGACUCUUAGGAAGGGACAAAGGAUCGAUGUGGGACCAGUUAGAGGAUGCGGCUAUGGAGACCUUUUCUAUAAGCAAAGAGCGUUCUACUUUGUGGGACCAAAUGCAGUUCUGGGAAGACGCAUUCUUAGAUGCUGUGAUGUUGGAGAGAGAAGGAAUGGGUAUGGAUCAGGGUCCCCAGGAAAUGAUCGACAGGUACCUGUCCCUGGGAGAACAUGACCGGAAGCGUCUAGAGGAUGAUGAAGAUCGUUUGCUGGCCACACUUUUGCACAACCUCAUCUCCUACAUGCUGCUGAUGAAGGUAAAUAAGAAUGACAUCCGGAAGAAGGUGAGGCGCCUGAUGGGAAAGUCGCAUAUUGGGCUUGUGUACAGCCAGCAAAUCAAUGAAGUGCUUGAUCAGCUGGCUAACCUGAAUGGACGUGACCUCUCUAUCCGGUCCAGUGGCAGUCGACACAUGAAGAAGCAGACAUUUGUGGUACAUGCGGGGACAGACACAAAUGGAGAUAUCUUCUUCAUGGAGGUGUGUGAUGACUGUGUGGUGUUGCGUAGUAACAUCGGGACGGUGUAUGAGCGCUGGUGGUACGAGAAGCUCAUCAACAUGACCUACUGUCCCAAGACCAAGGUGUUGUGCUUGUGGCGUAGAAAUGGCUCUGAGACUCAGCUCAACAAAUUCUAUACUAAGAAGUGUCGGGAGCUGUACUACUGUGUGAAGGAUAGCAUGGAGCGAGCUGCUGCCCGACAGCAAAGCAUCAAACCCGGCCCUGAACUAGGUGGCGAGUUCCCCGUGCAGGACAUGAAGACGGGUGAGGGUGGCUUGCUGCAGGUCACCCUAGAAGGGAUCAAUCUCAAGUUCAUGCACAACCAGGAGCGGAAGGUUUUCAUAGAGCUGAAUCACAUUAAAAAGUGCAAUACAGUUCGAGGCGUCUUUGUCCUGGAGGAAUUUGUUCCUGAAAUUAAAGAAGUGGUGAGCCACAAGUACAAGACACCAAUGGCCCAUGAGAUCUGCUACUCUGUGUUGUGUCUCUUCUCGUAUGUGGCCGCAGUCCGUAGCAGUGAGGAAGAUCUCAGGACCCCACCCCGGCCCGUCUCGAGCUGAUGGGAGGGGUCGAGAGCCCCCCAGCCCGGGGGAUGUGCUUGCGUCUUCCGUCCGCAAGUGCACCGUGCCGCGCGCGUGUGUCCUCUGCGAGCCCCUAGCCGUGGCUUAGUUGGUCCAGAGUUGUGUGUUUCAGCGUGUCUUAGUGUCUGUCACAGGACUCAGCCGGUUUCCUCCACCUGCUCCCUCUCCACUCCCAGGAGACCAGCCUCCUGUCCCCUCAGGGCUCAAGAGUGAUGUCUGUCUGUCUUUUGGGCCGAUGGCUUGUAAGAACUCUGAGUACAGUACGAGCCCACCCUUGCGUGUCCCUGAGACAUUUGUGUCGUGGUUCCUCGUCCUUGGUGUUAUGACCCUCCAGUGCAGGACUCUGGCUGUCCGUCUCCUCUGAUCCGGCGUGACUGGGUCCUGGGCGAAGGCCCACUCGGUGCAGAGUGAGGGGAGCUUGAGACCUGUCCUCCAGAGAAGGGGUGGGCAGGGAAAGGCCGGGAGAGUCACGGGGCAGCAGAGUGAGUGGCAGCCUCCCUCCUUCCUUACGCGUUUCCCGAGCCCGUAGCUGCCGCCUGCCAUGGCUUCCCACAGCGGUGGAGCCGCACCGAGGGGCUCCUUCUCGCUGAGCAGCAAUUUCCCUAAGGUCUGCUUUGCCUCGGCAUGAGAGACCAGAGUGGUUGGGCUGGGAGAGUCCCAGAGACCACUGGCUACCAUGCCCGGGAACCAGGUAGGGGAGAGCCGAGCUCAGUAUACACGUCCGUGUCUGCAGGCAGCUGGGUGCUGGAAGGGAGGGAUGGCCUGGGAGUGGGCAAGAGGUGAUUGUACAUAUUUCAGCUCUACAUUAUUUAUAAAAAAUGUACAGAUGUGUGAAUGUGAAAUAAAUGUCCUUAACUCUC